GACGCCACUAUCACACUACAGUCCUUGAAAAUCUGCCUGUUUUCAAUGUUGCUGUUUGUAUAAAAGGCACUGACAUAGAAUGAGAUGUGUGAAUUGGAUUUUUUUUUUUGCUUUCAGACGGAGAAAAAAAGCUGGCAUUUUUCCACCUUUUUUUUUUUUUAACCCAAGUGUGAAGGUUGACAUAGCAAUCUUCCUUCUGAGGUAGCAAAGCUCCUUUCACGCUGCCUGAAAAAGCCCUUUUUCCAUGUUGCUGUCUUGUAAACUGCUCCUACACAUAAUGGUGGGGAUUUAGUUGACAAAGUAUUUGUCCACCCUCAGUAAUAGUACCAGAAGUGGGGACAGCACCUGUGUGAGAGGGUAUUCUUCAGUGCUGCGACCAGGAUGUGGUCUUAGUUCUCGCGCCUUGUCCCUGUCAUACCACUCGUCAGACAUCUGAUUGUGAAAUAUCGCUGUGUAAAAGUCCACACAGUUGCAGUCAUAUCAUUCUUUGCUGGGUUCUGUGUGAAAGGCACAGGCAAAUAAAUGCCAGAUCUACUGUUACGGCUGUGAUGCGGCUUUUUUUUGCGGGAUCUGUGUGAACGAGGCAAGAGGAGGAGGAGGGGGAAGGGGACUGAAGUGGGAGGUCUCUGAGGAUGACGAGAGAGAAGUCAGCCAGGUGAAUCGGAUCUCAGUCCUCACCUAUCAUGACCACAGCUCGGUACUGAUAGCGUGGAGAAGGGAGCAGACGAGUUGAGCGAGUAACCUUGAUGGAACACAGGAUGGUGAAAUGUUGGAAUCUUCCAGAAGGCACUUUGGAGGGAGGAUGCUGUCUGAAUGGAGUCUUAUCGGCUUCCGUCCCCAAAAAAGUAAUCUGUGUCAGCCUUUCCGCUUCCUUGCUCCUGGUCCUCCUGGCCCUGGGCUUGACUGGACACCUUGGGCUGCCCAAGCUACACUCACGGUCCUCACAGGCUGUCCGAAUCAUUGCUCCAGACCCGACCGGGGCCCUGCUCCUCAACCAGUCGGCUGUUGUAGACCAGCAAAACGGCCUUGUGACGUUUUCUGUGACGUCAGGGAUGAAUCUCACAUCCACGGUGCUCUUUGACAUCAAGCAUGGGGUGAUCUGUUACCAACCAGUCCACCAGGAAAGCUGCUUCCUACGGACCAUGGAAACAUCAGACUACGAGAAUGUGCACGCCUUACUUCAAGCGUCAGUACACAAGAGUCACUUCCAGCUGUCUGUGAACGAGACACGGAGGCGCACAGAGUUCUUCGGGGUGCUGGCUGCUACUCAGACGGACUUGUCCAACCUGGAGGAACCUCUCCAGGUUCUGUGUCGAGACAGGCCCAUCCACUGGACCAAGAGGGCUGACGGACCAGGCAAACAGAGGCUGGUGUAUUUCUGCAUAGACAUCUGCUUUCCCAACAACAUCUGUAUGUCUAUGUGCUUCUACUACCUGCCUGACUGAUGACGCAUUGUCCUCCACUGCUCCUCUCAGACACAUUUAGAGGGGAAAUCAUUUUUAGCUCACUCAUUAAGACUGGAAGAAAAAAAAGGGGGGUUGAUGUGAUAACAAAAAAUCCUCUCUCUUGUGGUAUUCCUUCCCCACUUGUACUUCCUGUAAGCAUUGUAAUGCAAUGUCACAUGUGCUCCAACAAUAAAAGCUGGGGUAAAACAAAGCAACAAAAUGCAGCUAUGAUUCUAUGUUCAUUUGAAUUAAUCCUGUAACACACCUUUUGAUUAAAAAAAACAAACUUCAAUUCAUUAUACUGUAUUCAACAUUUUCUGGCAGAAAGAUUAUUUGACAAGUUGUAUAACUGCAUGUUUUGUAAGUAAAGUCUGGAUGCCUAUAAAUGUUUUCUUAAUGUGUACAACAGAAUUUAAAAUGUGUCUAAUGACUGUGAGGGGUGUGUUGUAGGGUUUAGCGUAGGCAUCCCCAACCACCAGGCUGCGGGAAGGUACCAGUCCAUCGGCUGUAAUGCAGGUUUUUUUCAAUUUAGUCCUGUAAAUAACUAUAUCAAUUUUGGAAAUGAAGGCAUUGGGGUCAAGUCGGGUGCACGCUGUCAAAUUGCUGUCAAAUAGACAGUUUUGUCUUUUGGGUUUGAAAAAGACACGGCAACUUUCAUACAAUGUAUGUAUGAACGUUGAAAGAUGGGGGAGCUUGCACCUCUUGAAC